UGAUGAUCGUGGUAUUGGGCACUUUAUGUUCUGUAACUUCAAAGGAAGCAAUACAUGUUGCACCAUUCAAAAGAAUCAACUAGUGAAGAAAUUUCAACUGAAGAAUGGCUUGGGAACCACGCUAUAAACGCGACUUGUUAUCCCAGAAAAGCUAUAAAGAAAACGAGAGUCAUAGCAGUGAAAAUGAAUAUGAAACUCCACCUCUCUCUGAUCUUCAGCGACUUCUCUGGAUUAAUCGAUCUUCAACAGGCAGUGUCAAUGAAGUCUGGCCAAAUCUGUAUUUGGGAGAUGCAACCGCUGCUCGUGAUAAAGGAGUCCUGCUCAACCUUGGAAUUACUCACAUUCUUAAUGCUGCUGAUGGAAAAUUCCAUAUCAACACUGGUCCUAGAUUCUAUAGGGACAUGCAGGUCGAAUAUUAUGGGAUAGAAGCAGACGAUGACCCUGCUUUUGAUAUGAGCAUUCAUUUUCGACGUGCAUCUCAAUUUAUACGAAGUGGCCUCAACUCUCAGAAAGGUAAAGUAUUAGUCCACUGUGCCAUGGGAAUCAGUCGAUCUGCAGCCUUAGUCCUUGCGUAUCUCCUGCUUCAUGAAAACCUCACUCUUGUGGAUGCAAUACAAACUGUGUGCAAGCAUAGAGACAUCUGCCCAAACUCUGGUUUUAUGAGCCAACUCAGAGAACUUGAUAUCAAACUGGCACAGGAACGGAAAAUGAGGAGAGAUCGCUUCAGAGUUUAGAAUGGCCUUAAGCAUUUUUCUUGUAACUACAAAAUCUGUCAGUUGUUCAUUUUCUUGCAAAUGUUCAAGUUUUCUAUUUAUGUAUGAAUUUAAUAACAAAUGAGGCACUUCAUUCAAUUGUAGUUAGAAUUAUUUUUGUGUGGGUCACUGAUAUUGAGAGUUCUUUGUCUACAGUUUUAAGUUUUAAUAACUGUGCAAAAUGUACAGCUAAUAAUUCAUAGGUGGUCAUAUAAAAAUCAUCAGUAAAAGUAUUUUAUCCCACUGGUAUACUUCUCAUUAUGUAAGCAAUAAUUUCCAACAGGUACUGGGGAAUAAAACUUUGUCAUUGUGUAUGAUAAGGCUAAUGCUAUAGCCAGACUGCCUGUUAACACUUGAAAGUUCAUGUAUUCAUCAUUACACAAUGUAAAGGGUGUUGUCAUGUCCAGAAAAAUGAAAAAAAAAUGCUAAAGAAAGGGUUUUGAUUUUGAAACUACUAAUAAAAAUGUUGACUUUUUGAAUUAAAUAGUUCUUUCUAACAUUUGGAUAGUCUGCAGUUAGAGGGCAACUGCUUGUAUACUUACAUAGAUGGCAGUUUAGCAGCUUUCUGGAAAAGCACCAUUGCUUAUUUAUGUUUCUAUUCAUCUGUUUUGGGAAAAUAAAAUAAGAACAAUUUCACUUAAAAAUGACUACUUAAGUUUGAAAUGGACAUUUUUGCAGAUGUCACAAUGGGGAUUCACUUUUUAGUGAAUUGGGUUACUUAUGAUCAGGCAUGUAUUGUUCUGUAUUAUUUUGAUGUAUAUGAUUUUACUUGUGUAUUUACUUACUUAUAACAUUAGCAUUACUAAAUUUGUAUUGCUUCUUAUUAUGUAAUGUAUUUGGGAAAGUUUCUCACCCUCUGUGCAUGUUCGCUUUAGAUUAACACAUUUCACAAGUUACUGCCAAUGGGCCACCUUCAUUAAUGUCUACGCUAAGCAUACACAGUCUGUAUUCAAGAACAUCCUCACCAGAUUUAUUUGUGCUUUUAGUCACUCAGAAAGAUUACACUAAGUGUACUACACUUUGUGGUAAACUUUAUGAAUCCCCCUCAAUAUUUACAGCUGCAGGAAAAUCAGCAGGAAAAGUAAAAUUAGGAAGAAGAAGGUGUGAGUUAUGCCUGUGUCAAUUCACUAAGAGUGAUGUAAACUUAGUGUAGGUGUUAAUGAUCCCAUUAAUUAUCUGCAUGCAUUUUAUAUUUUGUUGCCUUACAAGAUUUAUUUCAUCCAGUACAUUUAUUCAGUUACCAAAAGAAAAAAAAUGGCCAUAAACAUCAAUAAAUAAUAAUGUGCACUACAAACAUAU